AUGUCUGAUCCUACAAUUCAGACUUUUUGUUGCCACCAUAAUGGUGAUCAAGAAGGAUCAGUGACUAUCAAAAUUAUGGAUGAAUUUAAUACUGAAUCUUAUAACACCGUCUGUUUGAUAUCAUCCACUAUCGGUAUCCUCGGUGCUAUGUAUCAGAUCUUUCAAAACGGUGCUCACAAGCUACAAAGUCCAAAUAGAGGUAGGAGUAUAAUUAUGUGGUUAGCAGUGGCAGAUUUAUUAGCAUCCUUAGGUGUAUUGGUCAGAUCUUCAUUUUGGCUUCGUUUUAAGAAUAUCCUACCUUCACCUGAUGAUGAAAUGAGUGUCCUUUUUUGUAGCAUAACAUCGGCUUGGACUCAAUACUUCUACACGGCUACGUGGUUUUGGACGUUAUUCUAUGCUGUGGAUAUUUGGCAAUCCAUACAAGGAAAAGACACUAGGCCAAAUAUCUAUCAUUCGCUAGCAUGGGGAAUACCAGCAGCAACAACUAGUAUAGGCCUCUCUAUUUUAUAUAUCCCCAAUGCAACGUGCCAUAAUUUAACCUCCCUAUCGAGCGUUCUGUUAAGAAUACUCCCGAAUUAUUGUGCAACCUACGUACCAAUUGCUUUGGUUAUGGUUGUCAAUCCAAUUAUUUAUGUUUUGGCGGGAAAGAAAAUUGAAAUGACCAUAGCCCUACCACUUGCUCAGUUUACGAGUAAAGAAAGAAGAGUUGUUGAUGCACUCCGUCUUAAAUUCUUUUUGAUAAAUAUUGUUUUCUACAUCUGCUGGUUACCAAACCUUAUCAAUGGAAUUUUAAUUUGGACUAUGUGGUCUACAAUGCCUGUAAAAGCCAUCAUAACUAUUUGGUACAUAAUGGCAUUAAUGAAUCCAAUGCAGGCCUUACUCAAUGCGUUAGUGUACAGGAAGUGGAAUGUGACGGAAAGAAGAUUUCAGCCAAUCUUCCAAAAUGAUAAUAAAGAAUUUAAUUUCAAUGAUGAACAAUCGCCCCUGCUCGGUUCAGAACCACCCAGAUUGCUGCUAGCACCCAUUCCAUCCACUAUUAAUAAUUAUGCUACAUUAUAA